AGCUUUUUUAGGUGAGAACAUGAGGAAGACUUGAAUCUGCUUCUAGAAAAAUUUUUGCAUGAAGAAAUAGGCAGCCAGUGUCAGUGAGCUGUGGGAAAAGGUCUUUUUGCAAAACACUUUUUCCAGUCCUUGGAUACUUGGUGAUCACCCAGUCUUUUGUGCAAAGGAUAAAAGCUGCAGAGCAUGAUUUGGUUGCCGUCAUAUAAUUCAGGAAGUGUUUAAUCCAUUUCUUUCCUGUCUCUGCUACAGAUCAGCUUCAGGGACUUGCCAUGAGGUGCUAAGCCUUUUUUCAUUGAUUUGGAGAGACUGGACCUAAAUGGCGCAGCAUGACUUUGCUCCGGCUUGGCUUAAUUUUCCUACUCCACCAUCAUCAACAAAGUCAUCACUGAAUUUUGAGAAACAUUCUGAAAAUUUUUCAUGGACAGAGAAUCGUUAUGAAGCAAAUCGCAGAAGACACAAUUCUUCGGAAGGGUUUGAUCCUAACAGUGGAAGGCCCAAUGGAGGACACUUUGGGCGAAAAGAGAGAAAUGGUUGGCGUUCACAAGGCAGAAAUGGUCCAGAAAAUACAAACCAGCGUGGAGGGUACCAUGGUGGAGGUUCCCGUAUUCGUAGCAGCACCUUCCAUUGUGGAAAAGGCCAGGGACUGCAUGAAAACAGUGUACUUGAUAAUGAAACCCGCAAAAAGGAAGACAAAGAAGUACCCAACCAGUUUGAGGCUGAGGAUUUUCCAUCUUUAAACCCUGAAUAUGAGAGGGAACCAAACCAGAAUAAAUCUCUAGCUGCAAGUGUGUGGGGGUACCCUUUAAAUCCUAAAUCUAGAUCUCAGAGAAUGCUGGUCAUUAAAAAAGGCAGUACAAAAGAACUGCGGAUAUCUGGAUUCUCAGUAGCGGGAAGUCUUCACUCACAGCCAGUAAGGAAUGGAACUGGCACAAGUGUCUAUAAAGGAUUAGUCCCCAAACCUGUCACUCCACCUGCAAAGCCCACACAGUGGAAAAGCCAGGCAAAAGAAAAUAAACUUGGGAAUGCAUUUCCUCAUGAAUCUGCAUAUGGUGUUGGCAGUUUCAGUCCUUUCAAAUCAGCUGUCAAGGCAUUUUCUGUAACAGAAAAUUCAAUGAAAGAGUGUAAUCGGUCAAAUUCUUCAUCCCCUGUUGACAAAUCUGGUCAGCUUCGUUUAACAAAAUUGACAAGAAUGCGGACUGAUAAGAAGAGUGAAUUUUUGAAAGCAUUGAAAAAAGACAGAGUGAAAGAGGAACAUGAAGAUGAGAAUCAUGAUAGACAAGAGAAGGAUGAUGAGUCCUUCAGCUUGCAUAACAGCAACAGUCCUCAUCGUGAGAGAGAUGUAAACCGAAACUUUGAAAAUGAGAUUCCGCAGGAGAACGGCAAUGCUUCAGUUACACCUCAGCAGAUCAUUCAGACUUCAGCUUUCCCUCAGGCAAAUGUUCUUUCAAGCUCGCUUGAGGCAGAGCAUAGGUUGUUAAAGGAGAUGGGCUGGCAGGAAGACAGUGAAAAUGAUGAAACAUAUGCUCCACUAACUGAGGAUGAGAUGAGGGAGUUUCAAGUCAUUAGUGAACAGUUACAAAAAAAUGGCCUUCGGAAAAACGGCAUUUUGAAAAAUGCCCUCAUCUGUAAUUUUAAAUUUAGCUCCUGGAAAAACAGCACUUUCAAACCUGCUCUGGAGAAUGAGGAUUCUGAGACAAGCAGCAGUGAUACAUCAGAUGAUGAUGAUGUGUGAAGACUUCUGUAACACCUGUAGAAGUCCAUUUGUUCUUGUGAAGAUUUGGGGAUGUUUUGUCCAAAAACAAAAAUUUUCAUUUAUGUAGUAACAUGCCCACUACAGGAAGAAUAAUGGGACUUUGAAAGAAGCAAGGAAUAUUUUGUUGGGUGUGUUGAAAAUCAUUAUAAGUUCUCUGUAAACGAAUGUUGUAGAAUGAGGCCUUGUGUUGACCCAGCGUUGACUUCCAUCAGUGAAGCAUUUCUGACUAGCAAUGUGACAAUGUUACAAAUCAGACUUUCUCACUUAAUAAUAAAAGCAAAGAAUUGUGUAAUGUCUUGCAAAGCUUCUGUCUUAAAAUGUCUAAGGAAAAAAAGGGCAGCUUGACACAGUGUUUUGUUUGCCAAGUAAUUUUUUUUUCUUACAGUGGAAAUCAAUGAGUCCACUUUGUAUGCAAAAAGGGCAAUGUAGCGUGUUGGCUAAAAUGAGCGAAGUGCACUAAAACUCUUCCUUAACUGAGUUGUUGAACUGUUCUACAAAUAACUGCUCUUUAGCCAUUUGUUUUGUUGUCGUUGUUAUUAAUGGCAAAACACCCUGAUGUUACAGUUCCAAAUUUCUAGAAUUAACUUUAAAUUGAAAGCUUUAACGGGUAUAGCAAGACUCUUAUUCUCACAGUGACUUGUGGGAAAAUAAGCAGUUUGGUUUUACUAUUCAACAUGUGGAAAAAUCAUUACACUGACUGGGUUUGUCCAGUACAUGGGAAAUAAUUACAGAGUAUUGUCUCAGUGCAUAGCAUCACAGUAUUGUUUUUAAAACGGCUAAGUUUGUUUGCAUUUUUAUUACAUGGACUCUGUUAGCAAUGCAGUUGUGCAUUUCAGUGCAAGGUAAAAAUAUUUUCAUCACCAGAUUUUGCUUUUAUAGCAGCAGAAGUAUAUGUGUGCAAUAACCACCUUACUCAGUGUAAGACUUUUUCUUUAUGAUCUCACAUUUAAAAACCAAUAUUGUAUUAUUUAUAGUUUUAUUUGGUUUAUUUUAGUUCUUUAAAUGUUCUGCACAGUUGUACAAGCUGUGUAACAUUAAUUCAUAAGCACAACUGCUCUUGGGGAUGUCACAUACGUUUACAAUAUAGCACAUAUAUAUAUGUGUGUAUAUAUAUAUAUAUAUAUAGACACUUCCCUGUCAAGAUGUUUUUGAAUUCUGCUACUUCUUAUAGUAAAUUAUUUGCAGUUUAGAACUUGAAAGCAGAAAUACUUACUAAGUUGAGAUUCUGUCCAUAUUUAAGAAAAUACUUCUUUUAUAAGGUGGAUUCAAUUUUGGGCCAAAGUUGGUAUGUUUCUCUUUUUUAUUUAUUGUUAAUUUAAAUCGGUAUUUGUUUUCAAGAGGUCAGUUUUUGUAUUAGAAGAGGCUUGCAAAUGUUGAUGUAGUUAAUUUUGGCAUGGUGUAUUGAAAUACUCCAUUUCAAAUCUCCAUUUAAGAGGAUAAAAAUGUUUCUUUUUUAAAAAGAAAAGUGCCAUAUCUGUAACGAUGUUUGCUACCUGCAUGCCUUACACACCUUAUUCUUUUCCCUUUCCUGAAUUUUUUUUACUGACUUUGAGACAUGGGUGUAGUUUGUUCACUUUUUGGUUUUCACAUACUGUAAACAGGAUCUUCUACCUAUCUUAAUUAUAUAGUGAUAUGUGGAUGCACUGUUUUAGUAGUAUGUGAAAAUGUUUUUUUCCUUGGCAUUUCUCAAAGUGAGAUGUAGGCUUUCCCCCCUUCUUUAUUCAGUUUUAUGUUAUUUCAGUCACCUCAGUAAUUAACUCUCUGAGAAGUUAAUGUAAUUACAGAAGAGCUGCGUUAAAAUUGUAUAGACUUUGGAAAUUUACAAGUUGCAAUUGAGAAAAUUCUCUUUAGAGGAAGUAGGAGUACUAGUCAUAUUUGGUACUUCUUCUUUGCUAGUUUGUAUCUUGAAACUGGUAAGGGAAGCACUGAUUGUAAUGAGCUGGUAGCAGGAAUAGGGCAGUGGUUUUGCUUUGUAGAGUGAAACACUUUUAUAGCCUUCAUAACUUCUGUGUGUGGUUUCUUUCUCCUCUUGUGUCUGCUGAUACUUGUGGAUUAAUUUCUGGUAGGUUCUACCAGUUCAGAGUCCCCCUCAGAAGGGACCCUCAGAAGUCUGUGUGGCCCCUGGCUUAAGUGGUUAUCUGUCUGCUGUGUUACUUCUCUUCGCCCUUCACAGCAGUGUGGGAAUGGGUGAGAUUUUAUAUUUCCACUGAGGAACUGUAUUCCCUUAUGUUAUAUUUGCUUAUGACAAAGCUGAGUAGAGUAUCUGUCAUCUUCUGUGUCACCUUAAGAAAUUCUUAGUCACUUACUGUGGGAACUUUUACUUUUUUAUUUUCCGGUAAAAUGUCACUCAAAACAAUGUUUGGUUUUUGUAGUAUCCUUCCAUAAAAUGUAUGAGAGCAUUUUAUUGUAUGGUUCCUCUUCCUUUUUUUCAGUGCUUGAUGAUGUAGAGAAGAACAAAAUUGGAUUCUCUAGUAUUUAACAAUGCAACUUUAUCCAUCUUUGACUUUGUUCCUUUUCCAGGGCAAUUUAAUAGUGCAUUGGCCUUUUUGUUCUCUCAUAUGUAAACCAUGAUCCAAUCCCAGAAUAAGUCCUCUCUUGUUUUUCUGCUUGAGCAGGUGUCUGCAUUAAAGGAUUGAGGAAUUGGCGACAAAGCUUGCCCAUUUCCUUAGUGGGUGCCAGUAAGCUUUGGAGAUAGUUUGUCAGUGCUGGGUUGACAGAGCUUGACUUCAGUGGUGGUAACCACAGGUGGCUGCAUGCAGACAUGAUUUGAAGUCACAUUUCUCUUCCUGGUUUUAUUGUUGGAGAACCAUGUAUUAUUCCUGGUUCCCUGUUCCAACCAUCUUCAAAAGCAAACAGUAGUGAUCAGUCACUCACUGGUUUUUCUGAUCUGUGUUGAUGGAGAAUGUGCACUCUGCCUGCUGCUGGCAUGGAGGGUGCCUGAGUUUAUGGUGGGGAGCUGGGGAUCCUUCACGUCAUCCAGAAAGACCAGAGGCCUCCCUCACUGGCUUGUACGGGGCCUUUCUCUCUUAAGGUGUAAGAGAAGCUAGUUGUCUUUGUGGAAAAGAGUGUUAAAACUACAGUAAAGUUGUGCACUGAUUCAUGUUGGACCCUGUCAAGUGUCUGAACAAGAUUUUAAUGGUCAUCUCAGUCUUUGAGAAAUGUUACCAAGUGUGAGUGAAGGAAAUUAAUUUUUAUUCUUCUGUGCAGUUGCCUGUGAGGGAAAACACCCGCUUGAUUUGAGAUGGGAACUUCAACUUUAGUGUUUCUUUUUAAAAGACUAUCUAUUUUUCAGUAAAUGCUUUUGAACUAGUGGCUGCUAGAAACUGGAAGUAGAGUUUAGUCAAGGAUGCCUUUGUUUAUCCAUUUUCAGUUUGCUGCUAGGCAGCAGCUGAGGUAAUUUACUCAGCUGCAGCUGACUUUUGAUCUAAGGAUUAUUGCAUUUGAGCACCAAGGGUUACUGGCUUAUUAGGGUAAUAAAUGUGCUGACUAGCUGGUCAUCUUUCCUCAUGCUGUUGUUCUUGGUCAUCAGUGAGUUUUAUUGCAAACUGAAUGAGGUUUGUUUUGUAGCUUGGAUCACUCUGCAGCCUUCCUUAGAGGUACUUGGAAAUGCAUUUGCUAAACCAGCACUGGCGGUGAUCUGCAAAGCAUUCUGGCUCUGGAUGGGGCACAGGAUAGUGUCAAAAACUCUUCUCUCAGGAGAUUUGCACUUCCUCAAGAUAUUUGUAAGCAAAUUCUGGGGUCAGUCUCUCUUACUGGAUUGCCAUCUUGGAGAGAUCUUCAGACUGAAUAAAAACGCAUUCCUUCAACCAGUGGGUCAGUGGCAUUUACUGCUGAGUUCAAUGUGUUCACUACAAUCUGCUUACAUCGUAGUCCCUUGUGCAGAUCAGAUCAUCUGAUGGAUGUGGGAGGUCUCACAGUGCCUGUAGCAGCAUGCAUUCAUUAAAUUCCUGAAAAGAUACCUGACAGUAAGCUUGCUUUGUAGACUUCAUUCUUCUUGGAUAUUCUCAGUAUGCAGCUAUUUAUUUCCCUGGCACUUGCAUGUUUUUAAUAAAGAAAUGCUACUCCAUACCUGAAGAACAA